AUGGGUCUUCUGACGAAAGGUAGUCCGUUGACGUGGAAGGAAACCGUUCCUUACAUCGACUACAUCAAGGUAUCAUCAUUCCCUGUCUCCCUGCCGACUGAUUCGUUCGUUUACAGAAGCACGGAAUCGCCCAGUUCAUUAACUUGUAUCACCGUCUCAAGACAAGACAUGGUGACCAACUGAAGUGGGGAGAUGAGAUCGAGUACACGAUUAUCAAGUUCGACCACGAGAAUAAGAAAGUGCGUGUUUCGUGCCGAGCCGAAGAGCUGCUCAGUCGUUUGCAAGCCGAAGAGCAAGUAAAUGCGAUGCUCGGAACGGCGAACCGAUUCCUCUGGAGACCCGAAUUCGGAGCGUACAUGAUCGAGGGAACCCCGGGAAUGCCGUAUGGAGGUACGUGCGCAGCGGAAGAAAAAGGAGGCAGGGGCAAUUGGUUUCACUCAGUUUAUAGAUAUUUUAUGUUAGGGGGCACUAUAAAGCCGCGUGUAAAUGGGACUGUUUCAGGUCUGAUCGCGUGCUUCAACAUCGUCGAAGCGAACAUGAAACUGCGUAGAGAGGUCGUCAAAAAACUGUUGAAGAAGGUGGGAAUGAAGGCGAAGAGAUAAGGGAUAGUAAACGGAAAGGUUGCAGGACGAGACGUGUCUCUCGAUUUCGUUCCCUUCGCUCGGAGUACCCGGAUUCACGUUUCCUGAAGUGACGGCCGACCGAACGAACGACGACGCGGCGAACAGCAUCUUCUGGCCGGAGCAGGCGGUCUUCCUCGGGCAUCCUCGUUUCAAAAAUCUGACGAAGAAUAUAAAGGGGAGAAGAGGAAGCAAGGUGGCAAUCAACGUUCCGAUAUUCAAAGACACGAACACUCCGAAUCCGUAUGUAGAGGAUCUGUCGGCUCUCGGAGGCCCUGACGAUAUUCGCGAUGCGAAGCCCGAUCAUAUUUACAUGGAUCACAUGGGAUUCGGAAUGGGCUGCUGCUGCCUCCAAGUCACCUUCCAGGCCGUCAACGUCGACGAAGCCAGGUGGCUCUACGAUCAGCUCACUCCAAUCACUCCGAUCCUUCUGGCCCUUUCUGCGGCCACACCGAUCUUCCGCGGAAAGCUCUCGAACGUGGAUUCCAGAUGGGACAUCAUCAGUGCGAGUGUCGACGAUCGGACUCCAGAGGAGCGGGGUCUGGAGCCACUCAAAAAUUCGAAAUGGGUCAUUGACAAAAGUGUGAGCAAAUCCACUUCUAUGAAUCACAAUCUAUUCAUUCAAUUUCAGCGCUACGACUCGACUGACUGCUACAUUUACCCGUGCUCCGUCGGCUACAACGACAUUCCGUUGCAGUACGACGAGUCGAUCUACCAGCAGUUGAUCGAGGGAAACAUCGAUGAGCCACUGGCAAAGCACAUUGCGCACAUGUUCAUCAGAGAUCCGCAUCAAGUGUUCCGCGAGCGCAUUGAGCAGGACGACGAGAAGAGCAACGAGCACUUCGAAACGAUUCAGUCGUCCAACUGGAUGAACAUGCGCUUCAAGCCGCCACCACCAGACGCUCCGGAAAUCGGAUGGAGAGUAGAAUUCCGACCGACAGAGGUUCAAUUGACGGACUUUGAAAAUGCCGCCUACUGCUGCUUCGUCGUGCUGCUCACCAGAAUGAUCAUAUCGUUCCGAUUGACCUACCUGAUGCCCAUUUCCAUGGUCACUGAGAACAUGAAGAGGGCCCAGCAAAAAGACGCGGUGCUUACUCAGAAAUUCCUGUUCAGAAAGGGGUUGGCCGAGUGCAAGUCUGCUCCGGAAAACCUUAAAGGAUCCGAGAAGUGCGGACCUCCAAGCAAAGACAUCGAGGAGAUGUCUGUGGACGAAAUCAUAAACGGAAAGAAGAACGGAUUCCCGGGACUCAUCUCACUCAUUCGCCAGUUUCUCGAUUCGGCUGAUGUCGACGUUGACACCCGUUGUACCAUCUCGCAGUAUCUCAAUUUUAUUUCGGUGGGAUCAUUAAUCGAAUCAAUCGCAUAAUAUUGUUGUAUUUCAGAAGCGUGCAACUGGAGAAAUCAGCACUCUGGCUCACUGGACUCGCGGAUUCGUUCAGAGCCAUCCGGCUUACAAGCACGACAGUGAUGUCAACGACACGAUUGUUUACGAUCUAAUGAAGAAGGUAUCAAACUGUGCUCAGGCAGGCAGAUGCUAACCUUCCCAUUCAGAUGGAUGCGAUUUCGAGCGGAGAAGAUCACUGCGACAAGCUGCUCGGCUGCUACCGUUCGAAGACCGACCACGCCAUUUCUGCAGCCGUCCGGAAGGCCGAAGAGCACAUGUUCGUGUCGAGUCAGAAGAGAGCCCACUAG